GAAUAUAAAUAAAAGGGUUUAUUACAUAAAUUUUCCCUAAAGAAAAAACACACAUUUAUUGCUACAAUAUGGCAAGCUUGCAGCAGCAGCAGGGCAGUGGCGGUGGGAACACCAACCGUGUUGUCGCGGUUGCGCAGACGCCGCCUGCCGCCGCCGGAAACAAAGAAUUUGAUCAGGAAGAUCAAUUUCAACAGGAACCUGGGUGGAAAAAAUUCUUGAAGCAUGUUGGACCUGGUUUCUUGGUCUCGUUGGCAUACCUUGAUCCGGGAAAUUUGGAAACUGAUUUGCAGGCGGGAGCAAACCACGGCUAUGAACUGUUGUGGGUAAUACUUAUCAGAUUGGUGUUUACCCUUAUAACUCAAUCACUAGCAGCAAAUCUAGGAGUCAGCACUGGCAAAUAUUUAGCGGAGCAUUGCAAGGCUGAGUAUCCAAUAUUCGUCAAAUUAUGCUUGUGGAUUCUAGCUGAGCUUGUUGUCAUCACUGCCGACAUCCCAGAAGUGACCGUGAUUAAAAUUGCUCUGAACAUCUUAUUUAAGAUACCAGUUUGGGUUGGGGUUCUCUGCACCUGGUGCAGUACUCUACUCUUGCUCGGUCUACAAAAAUAUGGUGUUAGGAAGCUGGAAUUUUUAAUAACAAUAUUAGUAUUCAUAAUGGCAGCAUGUUUCUUCGGAGAAUUAAGCUAUGUGAAACCUCCGGCUAAAGAAGUGAUGAAGGGAAUGUUUGUUCCUAAGUUAAAAGGCCAAGGCGCCACCGGGGACGCCAUCGCGUUGCUCGGCGCACUCGUUAUGCCGCAUAAUCAUUUUCUUCAUUCUGCUCUAGUGUUGUCGAGAAAGAUACCUAAUUCUGUUCGUGGCAUUAAUGAUGCUUGUCGAUACUUCUUGAUUGAGAGUGGAUUUGCGCUUUUUGUAGCCUUUUUGAUUAAUGUGGCCGUUAUUUCCGUGUCUGGUAAUGUUUGCUUAGCAGAUGAUCUCUCAAGUGAAAACGAAGAUAGCUGUAGCGACUUAACACUAAAUUCAGCAUCCUUCCUCCUCAAGGUAAACUUAUUCAAUUCUUAA